AUGGCUGAGUGUGUGAUGUUGCUGUUUAUACUGCUGUUGCUCUCUCACAUUGUGCAUAUACGUAGUGUGAAGUGCACUGGAAAUAAUCCUCCUCGAAUUCCAUAUCAGUGUUAUCAACCAGGGGAAGUCCUGAUUGGUGGAAUUGUCACUUAUAUUGGUUGUACUUCCCAAGAACCUGAAUUUGACCAUCACCCCUCCCAAGAUGGGGCAUGUUAUCCACUGCUGGUAACAAAGUUCUAUCAGCACAUCCUUGCCUUGAUAUUUGCCAUCCAUGAGAUCAACCAGAACCCCAACUUCUUGCCCAAUGUCACUCUUGGAUUCCACAUCUAUGACUCCACCACAGAUCCAAAAUGGACUUACAGGACCACCCUGGACCUACUCUUCACAUCCCGUCAGCUCAUCCCAAACUACAAAUGUGGCACCCAGAAAAAAGUGAUCGGUGUCAUCGGGGGAUAUAGUUUUGAAAUUUCGUCAAACAUGGCAACUCUCUUAAAUCGUUACAAGAUCCCUCAGUUUUCAUAUGGCUCAUUUGAAUCAAAAGUGGAUAACCCAACCAACCUCCCUUCCUUUUACCGCACGGUCCCCCAGGAGGCCCUUCAGUAUGAGGGAAUCAUUCAGUUACUUCUGCAUUUUGGCUGGAAAUGGGUUGGGCUCAUCACUCUGGAUGAUGAAGAUGGGGACCAUUUUUUGGACACAGUGGAGCCAAUGCUUUCCAGGAAUGGAAUCUGUGCAGCCUUCAUAGAAAAAGCUAUAAGAUCCCAUUAA